AUGUCGACGCUAGCUUCUGCUUUGCCACUUCUGGCAACAAAAAACGUUCUUUGCGGCGUGACUGGCAGCACCAUACAAUUCUUUUGUGAUCUGACUAGAGAUUACGGCCCCACUUCGACAAAAAAGAGUGUGAUUAUUGCAUCAUCGUGCGGCAAUAGACCAAUAGGCACUACAGGAGCCCACAUUGUUCUCAACGUAUUCUUUGCAAAGGAAACGAAACCACAAUUAGAUGAAGAUACUUUGGCUCCACUGCGAACGAGGGAAGUUUUUGGACUGUAUUGCUACCGGAGUGUGGUUGGGGAGAAAAUACUUUGCAUUGAGGUUGAUUUCAACGAUGUGGGUACCAAAAAGGUUGGUAAGGGCCGAGGCACUGUGCUUGCCACUAGCAGAGGAUGCAGACCAUUGGGAAACACAGGGAUUUAUUGUAGCUUCAACUGCUUACGGUCCCUUGGAGCACCAUCAAACCUUUCGGAAUUAUCUUCCGUCUUUCAGCCCUCCACCCAUCCUGUUGGCGAGAAGGUUGAUUUAGGGAAUGGUUUCAUAAUGAACGUGGAGAGCUCAACACAGAUAACCAUCGUAUACGAGUGCGGUCGCGACGAGAUGUGUGACACGGUGCGGCUCAGGCCGUAUUUACUCAAUGGAGUAAUUAACCUCAACAUGUGUAUUCGGUGCGGGGUGAAACGAAACGCAGCAUAUGAGAAUGAGAGCAGUAAAAAAAGAACUCUCCUUUUGAGUAAUUCCUCCGUCUUUGCCAAACCAUCUCUAACUGCACGAAAUGCCAAGGCACGAUAUACUGUGACACCAGGGGUAAAUACUGAGCGAAUCCGUCUCGAGGUGCGGUUUGAUCCGACAUAUAUUCAUUACAAUGGAGGUUGGAAUGAACCAAUCAUUGUGUCCAAUACGGGCGGUUGGGUCACUCUGGAAGAUGGCGUUAUGUUUACUUUUUGUGCGCAUAGGUCGCCAGUAUCACUUGCAUCCGAUACCGUAGUAGAUGCUGUUAGGGAGGUGCUUGGAGGGUUUUCACCGGAAGAGCUGGCGUACCUACGCUUUAAAGAGGUUUAUCGGAAGGUUUUUGAAAAAGUUGGGACUGCCAAUGCGGAGGAAGAUGAUAUGAAGGAGGAAGUGAGGUUGGCGAUAAUUAGUCAUUUUCAUAGGAGGGCGUUUUGA